AUGAGGCUUCUGAGCAAAGUGAUCGUCGGAACCACCUGCGUCACGAUCUUCUGUGGCAGCGCCUACGUGGCUGCAAUCACUCUUGCCCCACCCCCAAAUUACACAGUGAGCAACAAUGACCGGCUGAAAAGUUACGACAAGCUGUCUAUCGACAAUCUGUAUGAGAAAAAGACGAAGUGUCAAGAGUUUUACCUGGGCAUCAGUCGGUGGCGGCGGAAGAUGUUACGGGACGAAGGCCUGCUUCGCGGGCGGGUGCUGGAGGUUGGUGCCGGGUGUAUGGGAAACUACGCGUACUACCCCCACAGGUACUUCAGUGACGAUCCGGAGGUCCAGCGACACUUGAAGGGCAUGCUGGGCUGCAGAGAUGAUACCCAGGUAGCAGGCAGCGGCGACAACUCCACUAGCUACAUGCUGCAGCAUAUUGAGAAGGAAAACCCGUGCGACGAGAUCGUGUUAUGCGAUCGGUCAGCCGGCAUGGUUCAGUCGUGCAUCGCAAAGAUACAGAGUCGGCUGGGCUACACUCCGUAUCGGUACCCCGACUACGAGGUUUCUGGGAUUCGAAAUUCGAUUGAGGCGCGUGUCCGCGGUCAGCACGACUCAAAAAGGCUGAGGCACGACUCAGCUGACAAAGCCGCUUUGCGCAAGAGAAAGAUUGUGCGUGAAGACGGGACCGUGCAGGAAGUACUGGUGACACCCCUGAGCGGGACGGAAGAGGAGGAGUUUCUGGAGGCAACAUCCUCGCAGACGAACUUGGCUGCCGGUGGCAUAAUCGUGCCUGUGCUGCAAGCGCUUGACACCGGCGACAAACUGCCCCUUCUCUCCAAGGAAGGGGAGGCCGCACUGGGGCGGCGUGAGCGCGAAGUUCAGGCACGCGGGGAGUUUCGACGGCAUGUCGAGAGCGAGCUUCAGCGCGAAGAGAGGCUGAGCAUGCUCAAGCGUGGACGCACCGACGUCUCUGCUGCCGAUGGUUCACCGGCUGAAAAGAACCGAGUGGUCGAGGCGCCUCCAGAGCUUCGCGGCGGCACUCGUGAACUUGAAAGGCAGCCCUUGUUUGCCGUAGCCAACUACGCCGCUGAGCAACUCCCGUUCCCUGACAACAGCUUCGACACUGUGGUGGACAUGUUCGGUCUGUGCAGCUUCGACGACCCAGUGCGCGCUUUACGUGAGCUGUCGCGCGUGUGCAAACCGGGAGGAAAGCUGCUUCUCAUUGAACACGGAAAGGGCCACUCUACUCGUGUCAACAAUCAUCUGGAUAAGUGGGCGCCGCGGCACGCGAAGAGCUGGGGGUGCUGGUGGAAUAGGGAUAUUCGGCGCGUGAUUCGCCUGAGCGGGCUCUCUGUAGAGAAGUGGGAAAGCAAGCAUUUUGGGACGUCGCACUACAUUGUCGCAAAGCCGUACAAAUCGAUGGAGGAGUGGGACAGGUUCGAACUGCAGCGCAAGCAGGAGGCGAGGAAAGCUGCCGUUUAG